CAAGAGUUUAUUUGUAUGAAAGCCCCACCACGAGCAAGCUGUGACUGAGAGUCACUCAGGCUAUUCUUAGCCAAUAACAGCAUAUCGUUUUCAAAAAAAUUUCUUUUAUGUUUGAAAGGCUUCUUGCAAUGUCAAGGUAUUCCAUUGCCUUAUCAGAUGUGCAUGAAGAAGAAACAAGAUUCCUGUCUUCCUGUGACCUACUAACGUAACUUCGUUGUAUCCUUUUACUCCCAUGAGGGAGAUUCCGUUUCUUAUCUCCCAUUCACCCCGAUAACAUUAUCUCGUGAGUUAUUCGACAUUGUCCGGAUAUGUUGUAGUACCUCUCAACAAACCCUCGUUUUAAUACUGAAAGACUGCAAUUUUUAUAGAAAAAGACAGAAGCUGAUUUAAGAAACGCCUGCACUCAAAACCUCUGUUCCUGUUUUUCCCAGCCAUUUGUUACAGAAAAUUGAAUUUGACUUCUAAAUGAACAUCCAAUUUGAUCGAUGUGGGUGAUCUGUCUCAAGGUUUAUGACUUAAUGAUAGACACUCUUAAAAGAUAGCCAUGUUAUCCAGUCUGUGUGUAUUUAUUUAUUUUGUCUUGUUUUGUUAACUUUGGCGAGCGCGUUAUCUUGAUUAGCUAAUAGCGAUUGAUUAUCAUCUCCCUGGGUGUGUUCCAAUUCCUGACAAAGUGAAAAUGAGGUGCUGAUAACUCAGCUAAUGGUUUACUUCCUCAGUAUUAUCUUAGCUGAUAAGAGGUAUGUUUCAACUUAUCAGCGAAUGGAGUUUGUUUAUACAGCAACUUGUUAUUAUAUCAGUGAGUGUCACAUCAUUCUCACAAGGAACGAAAGACUCAUUUCCAAGUUAAUAUGGAUCGCUCUGAAAUAAAAUGAACAGCUUUUCCAAAGAUGGCCAAGUGAAGAAAUUCAAAGGAGCCCAUCUGUGUCAGUCCGAACUUUUUGAAGAUUAUCUCUGCCAUGUGAAGUGUUCUGUCUUGCAUUGUUUAUCUAAACGCUCGCUAAAUUGAAUUAACGUUCAACAUGUAAGUGUAAGUACCUUUAAGCUAAUUUUCUACUUAGGCCAAGACUACUCUGACAAGCUACCAAAGGCUUGUAAUCCUACCUAGAAAUAGUAAACAUUUUAUGGUAAAAUAUUACGACUCGAACGUUUUCAUCUUUUGCUUUUUAUUUUCAUGUGAGUUUGUUUUUCGUUUUUUAUCGUGGUUUGGUUAGGGUUUCCAUAAUUUCUUUGUUUUUCACACAGGCUUGUCAUUUUGUGGUUCCCCUAGUUGUUCUCGGUUUGAAUUUUGUUGUUUUGAAAUGUUCACUUUUUUCGACGCUGGUUUCCUUCGCUUUCCUUCAUGUAGAUUCCUGAGACUUAUUUGGAGCUAGUUGUUUCAAGAUUGACAAUAUAAACUAGCAGUUUUCAAAACAAAUACUUUUAAGUCGGGUUGGUUCUAGCCAGAGUGUAAUGCACGGAUACUUGGAACCCUAAUUUUUUUCAGUGAAACGUUUUUAAAGAACCAUAUUUUAUUUUCUUCUCUAAGUACCCUCCCUUCUUCUUUCGUUGAACUGUGCUCCCUUAACUUUCCUCAGUGACGAUAAUCUAAGUUGUUUCAGAUAUUAAUAGCAUAACAAGCGAGGAAGAAGCAGGCCGUUAUAGGCAUCUUAAGAGCAAUUCUGGGUAAAUUUCGAGGGUUAUUUUCACUACGGGCGACAAAGCAGGUGAGCAUGUAUUAUUACAUCACUGAGACAAAGUCUAGUCAUGGAAGACGGCGGAAUAGGAAUAUUCAUUGUACUAAAACCUUCUGACUAAACGUUUUAGAUUGAUAAAUCGAGCUCGAAGUUUUGAUUUUCCGCUUUAUUCCACGUCAUAAUUCCUAUUCACCUUUCUCAAUAAGCCACAAUCGGCAAAUCAUCUAGUUGGUCGUUUUUGAUAUUAUUGAGAGAAUCUGAAAAAUACGAAGACAAUUUUUUAAAUUCAAAACAAGUGGAGCUCAAGUUAAGACUAGUUAUGUCUUGUGUAUCUCUUGGUUGUUUUCAAAGUUCUCUAAACACAAUUCCAAAAAAUUUCAUGUCUUUCUAUGAACGACUUCAUUUUCAAAAUGGCUACGAAGCCAAAUGGUGAUGCUAAAAAAAGUAAUAGAGAUUAAUUUAUAAUUUUUUCUGCGAAACUGAGUAAUGUUAGCUGGGCUUCACAACUCCUUUUCUUUUUUAACUGUGUUUCAACUAUUCACAUUUUGGUACGACGAAAAAGUGGGACAUUUCCAACUUUAUAAAGUUUUGGGCGAAUCUCAAAAAAAGCCACCCAACUGAAAUUGCUAAGGUUUUUCAGGUCACUUUGAAAUCCCUCGAAUUUCCUAAAUUCGUUUCCGUUUACUUUUGCUUUGAGGUGCUACUUAUAAGUAUAUAUAACUCUGGGAGCAAGAAUUCCCAAAAUAACAUUUAUAAAAAAUAAAAAUGAAAUAUAAAAGUUAAACGAAGAUCAUAAGGUGGGGAUACUUGGAGGUUGCAAAUGCUCUUUUAAAGUUUUCAGUACUAAUCGGCUUAAACUAAGACCGAAAAGCUUCAUGGCUUCUCACGUGUGUCGUAGAAGGCUUACAACGCCUGCUGUGGAGUAAAAGUUCUGGUCUAAGCGUUUUUCUAGCAGUUUUAUGUGGGUCUGCUUCUAUGGCUGAUAAUUUGUUUUUAAAUUUAGCUUGACGGAAGACGAUUUCGCUCCAAAGUUGAAGUUGUCGGCUUUGUGUCGCUUCCUAGGUGUUAGAAAAUAAUCCUUUAGCACAGACCUGCUGUAGAGAAGUGCAAUCAACACCUGCGGACUUUAGAUUCACAAAAGUAAUUAAAUAUUUUUAUUGUUCGGCUUAUCUAGUUACUUGAGAGGUACUUUAUGUAAUGAUCCUUCCGUCCAGCUGCACAGCCUCUCUGUCUGUUUGUCUAUUGUAGUACAGUUUUCUCCGAGAGAUUAGCUGGGUUAUAGUCAUGAAACUUCAGAGCUCAAAAUUCGAUGGUACAUCGCCUAAAUGCCGCCUACUUGAGUUAAUCCCAGCAUUAGUUACGUUGUUUUUGCAACCUGUUGAUUUUCUCAGUACUCAAAUUAAAUGCGUUUUACGGCUAAAAAAAGCACUCAAGGUGCAUCAGUUUUACCAAGCUCUAGAAUAUCUAUUGUUUCACAAAAUUUACCGAUAGUUUCACUUUCUUUAAAUGCUGCCUUCAGCCAAGAAGCAGAGAAAAGUUGGAUAAUCUUCUUGGCCUAGCUGCCCCCCUAUAGAAACUAUCAGCACCAAAGAUUGUUUGUUGAUAUAACACAGCUUGUUUCCAAGCGAGUGCAGAGAUCAGAUCAUCGACCCUCGCGUACGUAUGUUUUUAAAAGUUGUAAACUGCUUCCAAACGUAGUCGCCAGUAUUUUAACUGGAGCUGACUUCGAUACUAAUUAGUUUGUAGAAUUGGAGGCUGAUGUCUAAGUACCCUUUGGCUCCUUCCAUGUUUUGAUCACUUCUCGUCAGAAAUAUGCUUACUCAGGCAAGUCUUCAUUCUUCACAUUAUUUUUUUACGUUUUUUUUUUUGACAUGUCAUUCUUUGGUGAUUUUCUUCAUGUGCAUUUUACAAAGCCAACACCACAAUAUCCAAUACAUUAUAUACUGAUUUAUUUAGUUUCUUUCAAUGGUCAUAGUGCGACUCCGUUUAUUUUUACUUGAUUCUUAAAUCACAAUCGUAAAAGAAUAUGCCUGUCAUGUCUCGUGGCAUUUUCUAACAAGUACGAUAACAUAGAGUGAUAAAGAAUAUCUGUCAAAAAACAUUACUCCAUCAAUAUGAAUAAUUUUUCUCGAUCCUGAUUAAAUUGCCUGAGGCACUAAUUAAGGCGUUCAUGUGCUCUACACUUUCUUUUAAAAGCACUUUAAAAUGUUCUCAAAUUUUGCUCACCAUGCCUAGCCUCGUUGCAGGGCAAGUUCAGUUUGAUGUUUAUCACAGACUACGGUCUGGCGGGCUUGGAAAAUUUCAAAAAUGUAGAGUGCUGUUAGGAUGAACAGAGACAUCGAGGCCGUAAUAUAAUGCCAUGAAUUUUUCAUUCAAAUUUCCUCUUUGUUUCUUUUGCACAUUUUGGGUAAGUAAUUCUGCAAGUAGUUUUCUUAUCUAUUAAUUUUAUUAAUUUCCUGAGGUUAUAGACUGUAGACGAAAUGUGUUUUGCUUUUAUGAAGGUAAACAGAUGCGGAUAUGAAAUCAUUUGGAUUGAACUGAAAUGAAAAGUCUUUUCAAUGAAUAUUGCUCGAAGGUUGUGUGACUAAAAAAGGAACAAUUACCCUUAUAAAUUUCAAAUAUAGCUUUUUGUGACACAAUUCAAACUAAGUUUUGUGUAAUUGUAAAAGCUAGGUAAUGCAAAAUUAACGAUUGAUUCGUUUCCAUAUACUUUUGUUACCGUGUUCUCAUCUUUUCCGCCCUUUUAAGAGUGAACAUUAAGGUGUUGCUGAGUCUGUAACUGUGUAAAUUCUCUCAAUUACAUGCAAGUUACGAGGAAGACUGAAAAUACAGUGUUACUAAACCGUAUAUAUCCAGGUUGCCAUUUUAUUUUGAGAAUCCUCGAGCUAAGGCUAGAUUUCCCUACAUCCUCUUAAGACUAAGAACAAAGAAGAAUAAAAUCUUAUACCACAAUAUGAAAUGAAGCCCAAAGGUUUUUUGGGGAACUUAGUCUUUACACGAACUUUUCUCAAAACAUUAAUAUACGAAAAGUGCACGUUAUAUUUGCAAACAGCGAUGAAUGUUACAAGUUUUUUCAAAACAACUAAACUUUGAAAACCAAUCUUAGCAUAAGUUAUUAAUAAUCUUGCUAUUUUCCAAACAUAUGGACCUGUCUAUGAUAAACUGAUCUCUUUGAGACAUUUACCACAGUUGUAAAGUUUAGCGAAUGGUUACAGGUUUUGGUCUAUCUCAGUUGUCAAUUGUUAGACAUAACCAUAACCGUUUAGAAUUUGUGCAUUUUGUUUUUUGCAUGAGUAUCUUUUGCAAGACAAAACAUGAAGAUUCAGAGAUGCUGUUGGAUAAAAUUGGUUACGUAUCAUGUUAUGCGUUUAGUAAAACUAGUAAAUAUUGAAUAUUGUUAUCCAAUUUCCAUAAAGGCGGUCGUCAUUUUGGCAAUUCAAUCAGCUGUUGUUUUGAUUCUUAACGUUUCAUGAGGCACUUAUGUUGUUUGCUACGAAACCUGUGAGUUUUAGAAUUGUUAACGUUUUCAAUCCAGGCCAACACUCUCAUUCUUAUACCAAAGUUCAUAAAAAUAGGUACAAUGCAUUCAUCUCAAAAGGGCGGGUAGUUUUCUAGGUGACAAUUAGGGCUCUGAUAACUGUUCUCAUCCUUUUAAAUCAGACUGUCUUCUAAACAUACUUUAGUCUGAUACCCUCCUGGUAUUAAGGUGAAAAUUGAAAGCUUUCUUGCGACUAAAUAAUUUUCCGUGAUUUUUCUCCCUCUCAGUUUUGUUCGAUAUUCAGUAUUUUCCUUUCACACCGUUCUUUAUUUUUUUAGGUUUUUUGUUAAAGGGGCAACACACGUCCGAACUAAAUGACUUGAGAAAAGCAUUGUUAGGAGAAACAUGCCGCUUCAUUACGCAUGGAAAACUUCUUCGACAGCGAAUUUUGUUCCAGUACCAAGUACAUAACAAGGUUUCUUUCCAGAGUAUUUCAAAACAUUUUCGACAAUUUGGUCAUCAAUGUAUCGCGCCACAGCCACAAAACCUCAAGUUUAUACUUUCGAUUUUCCUGAUGAUGCUUCCAUCAAGUCCCUUGUUUUCGAACCACCUGCGGCGUGCUGUUGUUCAUUGGUGUUUUCUUUCUUCAAUUUUUGUGAAUAUGGUAAAAAUAUAUUUCUUAGUGAUAUAACAACGAUACACCUCGCGUCUAAUUAGAGCGUUUUUCCCUUCAAAAAAAUUACAACUAAUUCUGCACUUUUCCAUCGAAACUUAUUCACGUACUCAAAGCAAAAUCAAUUUUCAUAUGUUAUAAAGCAACCAGAACUCGGAAUUGACCCAGUUGUACGAUAAACUUGGAUUUGUGGUUAGAGUUGAAGAAAACUUCAGCAACUAUCCAGUGAAAGCCGCUCGAAACUUAAAAGUAUUGUUUUAUGUUUAAGUCAAGAUAUUAAAGACGGUCGUGUUGGAUGGAAGAGAUGGUUAUUGAAGCGAGAUCUCCAAAGCUGAUUUUCUCCUUUAUAGAAAGAGCAAUGCAGGAAUUUGUUGUGAAAUUAUUUUACGGUUUUCCAUUUUUUUGUAACUAACUGGCUUGGGCGGCCACGAAGACACCCUAAGUUUUAAGAUUUGUAAAUUGUAGCGAACAAUGAAUAUCUGCUAUUCAGUAAAUUAUUCAAUUGCUACAUUGCAGUUCUAUUGAUUUAUCUUUAUCACCACAGGUUUGACUUUCACUACAAGUUACGCACUGUGUAACCUGUUUACUCCGAUGAACUUAAUCAUCUAAUUGCGUGUGGGAGACUCACUCGUGGUCAUGUGUUGAGGCUGUCGAGAAUUACUCCAGUUUUGCGUAUCAUCGCAUUUGACGAUUGUGACAUACAACAGUAUAACAUGUUUAUUGUUUGAGAAAAGAGGGGAAGCAGAGUGAAGCUAAUUUAGUGGCCCCAAUUACCCCUGACCGUCUGUUAUCAUAACACUUGCCAAGAAGGAAAGCCAGGUAACAGUUGAACACACCUUAACGACAAAUAAAAUCUGUUUUCAGAAUUCUGCAAGUCAGAAAAGCGCGGUUUUCUGACCAAGAUUUGCACUUGAACAAACCAGGUACCUGCUCCGAGAUAAGAGCACAGUGCUUUGAUGUUUGUAAAAGACGAAAGGAUCUACGAAGGCGACAUUUUUCUGGAUCGAAGCACUCAGUCCUUACUUCGGAGUCUGAGAAGGCGACCGGUUCGAAGUGCCAUUUUAUCACCAAACAAAAAGUGGCCUUCGAAUGCCAUACCUUACAAUUUUGGAGGCGUUAGCUCGCGAGUGAGGGAAGCUGUCGAAUUUGCUAUCAAAGACAUUGAAAAGCACACGUGUAUCAGAUUCGUCGCGAGGAAAAACGAAGAAGACUACAUCCAUAUCGUGUCACGUGGAAAAUAUUGCUGGUCUCCAAUCGGACGCAGCGGUGGCAAACAGAGACUUUCUUUAGGUAAAGGUUGUGGUGAUCGAAAGGGCACCGCCAUACAUGAGUUUAUGCACGCACUGGGCUUCUUUCAUGAACAGUCCCGCCUGGACAGAGAUAACUACGUCACCAUUAACUGGAACAACAUUGAUAAAGAUCAACAAUUUAAUUUUCAAAAAUACAAUCAUGGAGAGGCGGAUCCCUUGGACCUUCCUUACGAUUAUGGUUCCAUCAUGCACUAUCGAAAGUACGCCUUCACUGGGAAUGGUUUUCCAACGGUCGUUCCAAAGAACAAGUGGGCCACCAUUGGUCAGAGGAAGGGCCUUAGUAAAAUAGAUAUCAAGAAGAUCAAUAAAUUUUAUAACUGCUCCGCAUAUACUACAGCAAUUACCUCUCCAAAAACCACAGCUAAGCCAACAGAUCCUCCCGUCCGGCGCCAUUGCAGGAACAGGAACAUGUAUUGCCAAAGAUGGGCGUCAGUGGGUUACUGUUUACACCGAAAUAUGAGAUACAGAAAAUACAUGCAAAUGAGCUGCAGAAAAAGCUGUAACUUGUGCUAAGAUUGUGUGAUCUGGUAGCUUUCAACACGAUCUAUCGUUUUCUCACUCUUUUGCAACUGCUUCGUAAAACGGUGAUCUGACACAUAGUGUCUGAAAGCUGCUAACUACAAACGCAUGGAACCACUCGAUAACAGGAUAUAUAUAUAUAUUAAUAAAAACGGCGUAUUUGUUUAAUAUUUAUUAAAUAUAGUAUUCGCUAUACAAGUUAUUGGUGUUUUAAAUCAAUGCACCUGAUUCGCCUCUUGGGAGGACUAAGCAAAUGGCAUUUACAUGUAAUGGGGUUAAUCUUUACGAGAUAUUAAAAAUCAAAACUUUGUCUCGACUAUCAGUGUUGUCCCUGCAGUUUAACCGAUCGGUAAGCGUCAUCAAGUUUUAUUUUUGUCCCCUUUCUGUA